UGAAAGCGCGCUGUGUGUAGCAGGCUGCUUUUCACCGGAGCACGGAUGAAACCACGGACGGAGUAGAGAAAAUUUGGACCGCGAAAAGAACAAGACCCAACGUUGAACUGAUUCAUAAGUGUCAGAUACUAAAUUAGUAGGUAGCAUCAGCUAGCUUUUCCAUCCUUGAUGAGUGAACGCUAGUCUCGGACAUUGCCAUCGUUCGCCGUGCAUUGAUGAAUAGAAGACUUGACUUCGCUCUCUCAGCUUCAUUUUUUAUAAAUAUUGAAUUCUCGGUAUGAAUUGUUUGCAUCAGAUAGUUUGAUGGGGCUUUUAAGGAUUAUGAUGCCGCCCAAAUUCCAGCUUUUGUCUAUUUUGGCGUUUGGAGUGGCGAUGCUCUUCAUUGAGAACCAAAUCCAGAAACUGGAGGAGUCGCGAGCAAAACUGGAGCGCACCAUCGCCAGACACGAGGUGAUGGAGGUGGAGCGACGCCACACCCAAGAUGGCGUACGGACACGCCCGCUGGCAGAGGACGUGGUCAUCAUAUAUAACAGGGUACCCAAGACGGGCAGCACAUCGUUCACCAACAUCGCCUACGAUCUCUGUGGGAAGAACCACUUCCACGUGUUGCACAUCAACACCACCAAGAACAAUCCUGUCAUGUCCCUACAAGACCAGGUGCGUUUUGUCCGUAACGUGACGUCCUGGAGAGAGAUGAAGCCUGGAUUCUACCACGGACAUGUGGCCUUCGUCGACUUCUCCAAGUAUGGGGUGAGAGGUAAACCUGUUUACAUCAACGUGGUCCGGGACCCUAUAGAACGCCUUGUAUCAUACUACUACUUCCUGAGGUUUGGAGAUGACUACAGGCCUGGUCUUCGACGGAGAAAACAAGGCGACAAAAAGACCUUUGAUGAAUGUGUGUCAGCAGGGGGUUCUGACUGUGCCCCUGAGAAGCUGUGGCUCCAGAUCCCAUUCUUCUGCGGACACUACUCAGAGUGCUGGAACGUGGGUAGCAGGUGGGCCCUGGAGCAGGCCAAGUACAACCUGCUGAAUGAAUAUCUGCUAGUAGGGGUGACAGAGGAGCUGGAGGACUUUAUCAUGAUGCUGGAGGCAGCCCUACCGCGCUUCUUCAAGGGUGCCACAGACCUCUACAAAACAGGUAAGAAGUCCCACCUGCGGAAGACCACAGAGAAGAAGCCACCCACCAAGGAGUCCAUCGCCAAGCUGCAGCAGUCGGACAUCUGGAAGAUGGAGAACGAGUUCUAUGAGUUUGCCCUGGAGCAGUUCCAGUUUGUCCGGGCCCACGCCGUCCGGGAGAAGGACGGGGAACUCUACCUGCUGGCCCAGAACUUCUUCUACGAGAAAAUCUACCCCAAAGGGAACUAGGCUGGAACUGGGCUAAUAUCAGGCCAGGGGGAUGUUGAUGAGGUCUGGGCUAAUAUCAGGCCAGGGGGGAUGUUGAUGAGGUCUGGGCUAAUAUCAGGCCAGGGGGAUGUUGAUGAGGUCUGGGCUAAUAUCAGGCCAGGGGGGAUGUUGAUGAGGUCUGGGCUAAUAUCAGGCCAGGGGGAUGUUGAUGAGGUCUGGGUUAAUAUCAGGCCAGGGGGGAUGUUGAUGAGGUCUGGGUUAAUAUCAGGCCAGGGGGAUGUUGAUGAGGUCUGGGUUAAUAUCAGGCCAGGGGGGAUGUUGAUGAGGUCUGGGUUAAUAUCAGGCCAGGGGGAUGUUGAUGAGGUCUGGGUUAAUAUCAGGCCAGGGGGAUGUUGAUGAGGUCUGGGUUAAUAUCAGGCCAGGGGGGAUGUUGAUGAGGUCUGGGUUAAUAUCAGGCCAGGGGGAUGUUGAUGAGGUCUGGGCUAAUAUCAGGCCA